GCGCAACUGACAACGCGACCAACAUGGCGGACAGAGAAAAGGAAGAGAGAGAUAGUUUUCUACGGUCAAUUUGUAAGUAUAAGUAUUGCAGCACUAGCUUUAAUUACAGCUUAAAAUAGUGUUAGCAUUGCUGAGUAAGAAGUGGUUAAUUGAACUCCUUUUAUUUUGAGAUUUCUGGGAUAUCGAUGUAAAUUAUUGCAUGUCAUUGACAUCACGAUCAUGCAUGUAAGCUUAUAACUAUCCCGGCAGGACGCGAGCGUUGUCGACUGUUCAAUUUGACGGCGUAUUGCUUGUUUGUAACGUAUUUUUAGAUCAGAAAUAUAAAUUUCAAAUAACGAGGGAUAGUAACAUUUUUCUCCUUGAAGUGCCUCCUUCGCUUUGCCUUUCAAUUUUAAGCUUAGAUCGUGGUUUAUAAAUUCAAAUUUUGCGGUGAGUGAUCAAGCAGACUGGUGCCGAGUGCCUUUUUUUUUUGCUUUUCAAAAGGUGUAAAAGAUUGAAGUGCUACAAAUUGUUGUCUUUGUUGAUGUUAAUUGAUGUUGAUAUUAUCUUACCAAAACGCACUUUGCAUUGUUGUUUUCUCUCCUUUCUGCCAUGUGGUAAGUGCAGUUGAAAAGUGACUGUGAUUCCCUUGUUCCCUUGGAGGGAUGGGUAACUCCCAAUAAAAGGGAGGUGGAAGCUUGUUGGAUAAAAAGAAUAAAACCCUUUAAGCAGAUCAAUCGGGGUACUAGGACAUACUGUCAAAUUAGAGCUAUAGUGAUUUAAAUCGCAAUCAAGAUAUUGACAUCAAAAUAAUACUUUCUCUUUGCACAUGACCCUAAUCAACCCUGUAUGGUUUAAAAUAUUGGCUUUUCCCGUCUAAACACCAUAAGUAAACCAAAAUGUGCAAUUUAAACCACUAAGUGAGAUGACCAGCAUCCUUGUCCCUUUCAUAUGUGAGUUCCUCUCCUUGGGCCUUGAUCAAUUUUCCUUGGGGAGAGGAAUCUGUGAAAGUUUGGACAGAGAUGUGUACCCUGUGAGGAGAAGUUUCUUCCUCGCAAGGCUUCUAGCAUUUAUGUGUAGUUAGUUGGUUUGUGCUCCUAGUUCUGUCGCAGCAUAAACAAACCAACUACACGACUGACAAGCCAUGUGAAUGACUCUGUAAAUGCUAAAAGCCAUGCAAAAAAGAAACCUCUGCUUGCAGGGUAAGGGAUGUGUUACUGGGACCCUGGAAUCCUUAGCCUAUACGAGACUACCCACAUCUACAAUUUUGCCAUCCUACUUCUAGACCUACAGUUACCAAAAAUCCCUACCCUAUCUCAGGCUAGCUAUAAAUCAGAUACUCCAGUCGUUAAACCACCAGUCAAUUUCUCAUAAAUUAUAACCUAUUCUAGACCAGAUACAUUGGGUGCAGAUACCUUUAUAGCUCUUGACAGUACUCCCCCCUUACCAAGAUUGUUACAUGAGCUCCUCUUAGGAGGGUUACUUAUGUCCCUAGUCUGAAUUUCAAAACCUAUUGUUUUAUGUACUGAGAAGGAAACCAUGUUGCUAUUGUAGUUGCUUUUUUCUCUGUCACUGUUGCAGUUUUAGCUCAUAUUUGUGUCGCUUGUCGCCAUUUUUGCUUUCCUAUGUGGCUGUUUCAAGGCCAUGUUGCUUGCCAGAAUUUAACCCUAACAGUUACUCAUAAAUGUCCCGCAGUAGUUUUUCUCACUGGAAUGUUAAUAAAAUUUGUUGUUUCCACUCUCCCUGCUAUGUGAAAAAUGUUCUCAUAGUUUCCUUUUCCAACAGUCAAUUUGACUAUCAUGAGACAAACAGUACACUGAUUUUAUUUGUAUUAUGCAGUAAAUAGAGGUCCUAAUAAGAGGCAGAUCAAACCUGCAGAAAACAACUCCCUCCUUCAGUUAGCUUUAGGAGAGGAUAGCGAGGACAGUGAAGAGGAUGAAGAUUUUCAGCUGAAUGAUGAAGAUGAUGACGAUGAGGGUAUGUCAAAAUAAAUGAAGAGAAGAUCAUUGCAGUUGAAAACUGUAAAUGACCUAAUAGAUGGCCCCUCUCUCUUUUGAAUAACCUGCAAAAACAUCAGUUUCUCCUCACUCAUCACUUUGGGGACGUUUCACACAGAGGAACAUCUGCGACUCGGUGGCAGAAAUUCCAUAUUAAUGACACAAUCAAUGCUGGUAGUCAUGGGGUUCGAAAUAUAAAUUUGUCCAAUGUUUUGUGUCUUCUGGUUGAUUUUGGUAAAUUGUUGUGUUCGUCUGCCUACAAGCUCCAUUAAAAUUCAAAUGCUUCUUCUAGAGAAGACUAUAUUCCACAAAUAUUGACUGUUUUGUUAGAGGUUCUUUGCGUUUAAAUUUGACCUUUGUGGCCUUUUGUCUUUUGUCUGUCAUUCGUGAACAAUAGCUAAAACAAAGUAACUACUCCGUCGACCAAUCAGUGCUUCUGACUGGAUUCCGGACAGAUUUUACAUCAUCAAUAUGGAAUUUCUGUUGCUGAGUCGCAGACGUUCCUCCACAUGAAACGUCCACAGCGGCGAAGAGCGAGGAGAAAAGGAUGUUUCGCAGGCUAUCUUUUGCACACCUCCUAUCUAUUAAACGCCCCUGCUCGGACCCCUAAAAUUAAACAGACACCCAGGGCAUUUAUUAGGUCAUUUGUGGAAUUUAAUAUUUAUGCAGUUGCAAAAAGAAAGCCUGAAAAAAUUCAUGACUGUUAAUAUGGCUAGAGCUUUUGAACUCGGAAAAUGAAAGCAGUGGGCUAGAAGAUUUAUAGGGUUAUCCUAAAAUCUUUACAUUGUAAAAAGAUGAGACUGCAAGCAGUCUUAUUUCUUCUUAUCAAGGUAUUUUUGAAUUUUUGAAUUUAACUAUGUUGCUUUGCAACAUGCUCACUGGGAUUUGCUGCGAUAUAAACUCAAUGGAUGUGCAUCGCAUUAGUUACAUUAGCCACGGCUAACAGAAAUAACUUUAUUGUAAACUUUGAUUAUAGCUACAAAAGAGUUUUAGAAGAUUUCAAGACCAGAUGGUCUAAAUGAGAGAUGAUGAUGGUCUGAAUCCUAGCAAGCCUGAGAUUCUGAGACUCAAAUUCAGAACAAGUUCGGAAUUAUGUUAUGUAUUUUGGUCUCUAAGCAGAGAAGAAAAUAAUAUUAAUUUUUUUUAAAUAAACUACUGAUUCAGGAGGAUCUGGCUCAGAUCAGGAAGAAGACGAUGAUAAAACAGAGAACAGAGAUAAGGGUCAACUCAAAAAGCAUAAAGUAGAAGUGAGUGAUGAUGAUGAUGAUGAUGAUGAUGAGGAUGAAGGUGAUGAUGAUGAUGAUGAUGAGGAUGUUCAAAGUGAAGAAGCACCUUCUCAAACAUUCACUGUUGGAGACCUGAUAAAGGCUAUGAAGACCAAGAAAAAGAUUCCAGUUAGUCAGCCAAGUUCUGUGGUAAAUAAUGUUUUCCAUUUUGUGUCAUUGCUUAUAGUUAGUGGGCUUAAAAUGUGGUUCAUUGUUGCCUCUUGGUGGGGCAUUCAAUACCUGUGUGCAUGUACAAUUGUAGCCUGUGAGCAAGCUUAUUAUGACUCGCCAAGCAAGCCACAAGAGAACAUGCGAGCGGGCAGAGUGAGUGGCGAUGUCGCGAGUGGCUGAGGAAAAGGAGGCCCCUUGAUUCGCAUCUCCUUUCGUGUGCAGCUCAGAUUUACCUGAAUUUUGUGGCUCUGUGACCUUGUAAAAUAUCAGAAGACCUGUCUAUCAGUCAUGAGCUGUAAGGCUGUGUACUAAGAAAAAUUGAAUGGAGCCCAGUGCUUUGAACCUAUGAAAUCAAGGGUGCCCAGCAUAUGAUUUUUACACAUGUAUGAAAAUUUCCUAGCUGCCCAAGAGUGAUAGCAAGGUACCAGGGGUCACUUGGUGCUUUUUAAGCACAGCCCUACUCAUAAGACAAAGGUUAGCAAAAGUAAAUAGUAGAGGUGAGAAAUGGUGCCAAUACCUAGAAAUUUUUGGGUGUACGGAAAAUUUAAUGCAAUCUCUCUCUUUAAUUUCUUUUGUGUAUGUGUUUCGUUCCAUUCUGGAGUCUUUUGCUGAAAAGUCUCAGACAUUAGCUGUCCCAGACUUUUCAGAGAAGUUUUCAGAGAACCUGAGCAUCACAGCAUCUAUAUACACCACCCCUAUUCGCAGGACAUUGACUGAAAGUGAAGUUGACAUAGAGCUCUUUAUAUGUAGGCCUCAAGUGAAGUGUCUGCUUCAUCAAAGAAAGUUGACAUCCUAAUUUGUGGAAUCUGCUUAGAUGAUGUGAGGUAAGAAUGCCAUGACAGUGAGUGGGGGAUGUGAUCCUUAAUGUUAUGUGAUAAGUUUAAUCAGCUGAAAAAGGGCCCCCAAAUAAGAUUUGGACCUGACUGAGACUUAAUAGUACCAGUCAAGACCUUUGCAAUGAUCAGCCGCAUUGCUCAGUUGAGCUUUGUAUUCUAUACCUGAUGGUGGAGAUUAAGACUAUAUUCACACAAUACUGGAUACAUGAAGCUUUCGUGCCGAAGGGAAAGCUAUCUAUGAAUGGCAUCAGAAAAAAUUGUUCAUACACAUUGAACAUCAUGCCAGAGUGGCUGUCUGGGAGGCAUGGUGAACUAAAUCCCAGUCCUCAGUCUUUAACCGUUUAAGCCCUAACAGUGAUCAGCAUCAAAUUUCCCCUUGUAAUAUCAAUGCUUUGUAAAACAGAGUGGUCAUAAGAAUCACGGACAUGAUCACACAAGAUGAAUUUACUUGAUAUUUUAUCAACUUCUCCCUACUUCUUUUGUAGGAAAUGAAUAGGGGUACAUUUGUAACAAAUGAGAAUUCCAAUUUUGAUCCUAGGAUUUAAAAGGUUAAUGUUUCUUCCAUCUCAGUGGAUUCUAGUCCUCCCUCCUACUUUCACUUCUGCAACGGCCUGUUUAAUACUUGUUCACACUGCACUAAUCUAUAUCCAAUAUGUGACACCCCACUUUCAAGAAUGGCGCAAUGCUUCACUCCAUUCCAGAAACUGCGUUGUAAUCAAUGGUCUUAUUUGUAAACAGAAGCCCUAUCUGGUAUAAAGUUUUUCACGCUGGCACAAAAGCUAUUCAGUGUAGUGUGAAUGUUGCAGUUAAUUUUUUAUCUCAGGUAAUUUUUGUUUUUCUUUUGUUUUUGGUUAUGGUAAUGUCUGCUAAUAAAGUUGAAACAAAAGAAAAAUAAUAAUUACCUGAGAUAAAAAAUUAACUACAACAUGAACAUAGCCUAAAUGGAAAUGAAUAUAAUCACUUGUUAAGUUUGAUUAUAUUUAUUCAAAUUUAUUAUGCCCAUAUUCAGCCUCAAGUUUUAGACAAGAAAUAUUCAUACAUUUUGUAUGGUGCUGAGUUGGGUCAAGUCUUCAUCAAGUAGAUUAAAUGCUUUGAUACUUCUAAUCUAAAACUUGAGGGCACUUGACUGUUAUACUAACAUUUACCCUAGGCCAAAAAUGUAAAUGCCACAAGUUUUAUGUUACAUCAGUGUAAUAUCUCUCAGUCAAAAAUGGCUUCCAAUUUUUAAGUAUUUUGUUUUUACUUUAUAGUGAUGAAGGAGAUGAAAUAGUAGAGUGUGACAAUUGUGGUAUUACUGUCCAUGAAGGUAAAUGAGAUCUUCUUUCUCAUGUGCAUGUUUUUGGUUGUGUUUAAGGGCUGACUACCUACAGUAGUCUUCAAUCAACUCGCACAUUCCUCUGUAUUUUGCUUAAACUGAAGUUUUAUAUAAUUUUCCAGGUUGCUAUGGUAUUAACGAUGAAGAUAGUGAUUCUGGGAAGAGUAACGAUACUGAUUCACCUACAGAACUCUGGUUUUGUGAUGCCUGCAAAGUAGGAUUACUGCCAGUAAGUUUAUUUUCCCCCGGCGGAACAUACAUGUAACUUCCUGACCAUCUGCUGGGAGUCAGAGGAUGUUCUUGGGUCUUAAGGGAUUUUUUACCGCUUACACAAAUUUUCUGAAAAAUCCAGUCAGAAAGUAAAUGGAACACAACUUUCUGGGUCAUUCCAGUGGAAAAUUUCUGGGAGCAACAGAACAUCUGAAAAGGUAGUCCUGUUUUUCCAAAUGGCAUGUCCCAAAGAGAAAUUCAUGUUCCAUUCUCUUCAGAGCUAUAUUUGAUACCAGUUUCAGGCCUUUGUGGCCAUUCUUCAGUAAACAGUGCUAAUUUUUACAAAUGAAUAAUUGUAAAGUAAACACGAUUCUGAGACAACAUUAACCAGUCCUGAAUGUUACUUACCUUUUGCCCAAACCAUGAACUGAACAGUUUGCGCAUGUAAAUGGUAAACAACAAGUGAUUGUUAUUUCAGUCUAGAGGAGCGGGGUGAAUAGGCGAACGGAUCGGCGGAUUUUGAAAAUAUUUUUACCUGGAUUUCGGAUUCAAAGCGAGAUUUUAACAGAUUUCCGGAUCCUGCAAUUGCAGUGGAUUGCGGAUUCAUCUAUUUUUUGGGUCCGGAUUUUGGACUUUUCAUGUAAUUUGAAUAUUUUUGCCCACCCGGAUUUUGGAUUCAGGCAGAUUCAGGGCGAAAAUGGAAGGGCGGAUUUGGUUAAUAAAUCAUAACAGAUCAGCAGAUUUGCAUACUCCUAUUCACCCCCCCCCCACCCCCUAGAGUGAGUUUUUGGUGUUGGCAUGCAGAGAUGGGAUUUUUUAUUCUUCUGGUUGAUUUGCGAGUUCUUGCUGACUUCCAAUACUAUUGUACUGUGGGAAGUGCAUUCCUGAAGUGAAAGUUCAUAAAAUAAUAAUAUUUGGAGCUUGAAUAAAAAACUUGAAUUCCAGCUGGUCCUUAAAACAAGUAGCUUAAACAUUUUUCUUGCCCCAGAAAUGUUGCAUGCUUGUAUCAGGUCAUGAUUUAGUUUGAAAUAAAGAUGAAUUGCCUGGACUAUUGCUCAUUAGGCAAGUGAGUCGGAAAAAUUACUUGCAUUGCAGGAAAAUCUUCUCAGCCUGGAUGGCUGGAGGGGGUAUUUCCAGGCCCUGAUGUCACAAAAAAAGGAUCAUUAUACGUUUCUGGGAACCUGCCCACCUACGCCUCCCCUAAGCCAACAUUUUGCUGAUCCCAAAAAACCAUUGGACAUCACGCAGAUGUGUGGCCUCCUACAAAACAUUUUUAGGGAUUUGUCACGGGUUCCUGCCCCACUAAUGCUUGUUGGGCAGGAAAGUGUGACAUACCAUUAAGAGCAUCUGUGUAGGAGGCCAGGAGAUGUGUUUUAAGUCAAUUAAAUUCAGGUCAAAACUUUUUAACAUGGAGGGCUUCUCAAUUUCCUUUGUCUCAUAGGCCUAAUUCGUGAAUGAUUAUGGCUGGGAAAAAUUGAGAAUCAACCUCAAGGUUGAAAAAUUUUAACAAGAAUUAUUUUUGACCAAUAAUCAUGGAGAUUUUUUUGUUUUUGCUUUCUUUUCAAGGACUGUGAGUUGUGUCCAAAUCUUGGUGGAAUAUUCAAGGAAACAGAUACAGGCCAGUGAGUGAAGAAAAGAAAAAUAAUGUUAAGACAUUAAAAGUACUGUAAUUCAAUUUUAUAUCUCAAAUGUAUGACCAUAUUUGAGAUAGAAACAUUCACUCAAAGAACAGGAUGCCUAAGUUUUAAACUAGAGACCACAUCAGUGGCGGAUCCAGGCCGUCAGAUAAGAGGGAGGCCUGGUCAUCAAGACCCUGACAUAAGGAGGGGAGGUCUCCAAAAAUAAUUUUUUUCGGCCCUUUGGGCCUCAGUUUGGUCUAAAAAUAAGGGGGGGGAGGGGAUCCACCACUGCUCACUACAGUUUUAGUAAGCUGCCAUAAUGGUGGAAUCAAUUUAGGUUUCUUUUACACUACUCUCCUACCCCUCCCCUAAGCCAGCAUUUUGCCCUAAAUUGAGAAGUAAGUGUUAAUGUUGGCUUUGGGGAGGGAUAGGUGGGGAGUUUCCCAGAAACCUUAAUUGAUCUUACCCUUUAAUAGGAAAAUAAGACAAGUUUUAGCAUGACAAGUGACAAUUUGAUGUGCAUACAGCUUCACUCUCUGUUACAUCUUAUUAAACAGGUAAUUUCAAAAUGCUUCCAAUAUGUUUGUUAUCCACCAGGUGGGUCCAUCUUCUAUGUGCUCUGUACACUCCCGAUGUAGCAUUUGUUAAACCAGAGAAGCUGCAGUGUGUCACUUUAUCAGAGGUCCCGCCCUACAAGUGGGGAGCAAAGGUAUGGGCCUGUCCCCAAGAGUUACACUCGCUUCUUAUAUAUACUGUAGCUUAAAUAAUAAAAUGCAAAUUACCCGUCUUUGGUAUGUCACUAAGAUUUUAAGUUGCCAGGUAAGUAUAACAAGUAGGGAGGGAAUCAGACAGCUAGGGGUUUCUUUUGGUUCUAUUUUUCUUCCAUUUUUUUAUGAAAGUAGUUGGGGGCCACGGUCAUGGUAGCAGGGGGAAAUCCCUGGCCCUGCCUCUUAAUGACAGCCCUGCACUUUAUCAGAGGUGCUAAACGUGUGCCUUUCUUGUCUUCUUAGGAUUGUAAUCUCUGUGAAGAUGAGCGAUUUUGUCGCACUGGCGUUUGCAUUGAAUGUGAUGCUGGAAUGUGCAGGACAUACUUUCAUGUUACUUGGUGAGUUAAAGUAAGAAGAAUGGGAAAUAUUUCACACAUGAGAUUUUAUGUUAUUUUAUAUAUUAUUUUGCCACACACAAAAAACAGUAAAUAGCAUUAAAAUUAUAACAAAUGUUUGAUAAGAUUAAAUAAAAAGUAGCAAACAGCUGGAAAUUAUAUGUUACAUGUAUCUAUAGACAACCACAUCUUUGCUAAAGGAUGGGUGUCGUCUCUUUUGACCUAUCUCAGCCUUAACGUGCCUAUUCUCAAGUACUGGGCAAAUAACUUUUAUAGCCUACUGGACCAAUAGGCAAGGCUACAGGCAAGUCAUCUUCUAACAAAAUCAUUAGAGCGAUUUUCGUAUGACCUUGAAAAAUGGUUUCGGUAAGUGUUCGUUAUUUGCUUCAUCAGCCAAUGGAUGAACAGAUCAGAACAUGGACUCUUCGUUUUCCCGCAAAAAAAUCCAUAAUAUGGAGAAGGCAUUGUUCGAUUGACCAAUCGUGUUGCAGUAUGAGGUCAAAGCGAAGUAUCGAUUGAUUUCUAGAAAGUUCUUCGGGCAUGAAGUUUUUUCAGCCGAGCGUUCGCUUCACCAACCAAAAGCCAAGCACGUUUGUAUCCGUUCGACAAACCAAUCAAAUCGCUUUAUUUUCGUUCGUUUGUUGUCAUACGAAAAUCGCUCUAACUGUCUAAGACCAGCAAGAAGGGGUCCUGGAAAAGCAAAAUGAGAGAGCUGCUUGCCCAAAGGACAAGCUGGAAUUCAAGUUUUUUUGAGCCCUGAUUUUGUCACAUAUUUUUCACCAUCUUAAUCACGUGGCCAAACAUCAAACUCAACUAUUCCUGUCUUUUUAUGUUAUUAACAUUGAUUAUCGCUUCAUAUUUAGUGCUCAGAUGUAUGGACUACUGUCAGAGGUUCCAGAAGAAUGUGAUGAGGUAUGCUGCAACACUGAGAGACUGAAAUGUAACCCUUUACAUUAACUUUGGUGAUGUUAACCUGACAAUGUUCUUUGGUUGGCUUUCCUUGCAGGAUGUUGCUGAUCCGUUGUUUGCGCACUGUAGACUUCAUGCAGUGAAAAGGACAUCAGAUAGCAAGGUGAGAAAAAACACCAAAUACUUGACCAUAUUUGCAAAAUUGCCAGUAUAAUACAUUUGAGAAUGCUAUAAUUUCAAAAAAAAAAACUUAAUUUCAAAAACUUAUAAGGCGCAAAUAUCUAUAUAAAUAUAUUCAAAUGCGAUAUAAUGAAGUAAUGGAUGAAGAAAUAUGCCGUAUGACAGAAACCUUUCUCUUAAUGAACACCUUUAAAAGACAGACAACUUCCUUAAACAGAAAUCUAAGGUUUGUCCCUGUUUUUGUUCUUUGAAUGAGACACACACCUCCCUAAAAUGCCUGCUGUUCGUCUGUCAUUUCUUUGAUUCUCUACAAGAUGGACACCUCCCUAAACUGAAAACCAAGAGUUGCUCCCUACCGUUCUUCAGCCAUUUUCUUUGACUCUCUAUAAGGCCAAUGCGUCUCUUAAACGGACACCUAGAGUUGGUCCCUGCCGUUCUUCAGUCAUUUUUUUUGACUCUCCAUAAGACAGGAAACUCCCUAAACCGGACACUUAGAGUUGGUCCCUGAAGUUCUUCAGUCAUUUUCUUUGACUCUCCAUAAGACAGGAAACUCCCUAAACCGGACACUUAGAGUUGGUCCCUGACGUUCUUCAGUCAUUUUCUUUGACUCUCCAUAAGACAGGAAACUCCCUAAACCGGACACUUAGAGUUGGUACCUGACGUUCUUCAGUCAUUUUCUUUGACUCUCCAUAAGACAGGCAACUCCCUAAACCGGACACUUAGAGUUGGUCCCUACCGUUCUUCAGUCAUUUUCUUUGACUCUCCAUAAGACAGGAAACUCCCUAAACCGGACACUUAGAGUUGGUCCCUGACGUUCUUCAGUCAUUUUCUUUGACUCUCCAUAAGACAGGAAACUCCCUAAACCGGACACUUAGAGUUGGUACCUGACGUUCUUCAGUCAUUUUCUUUGACUCUCCAUAAGACAGGCAACUCCCUAAACCGGACACUUAGAGUUGGUCCCUACCGUUCUUCAGUCAUUUUCUUUGACUCUCCAUAAGACAGGAAACUCCCUAAACCGGACACUUAGAGUUGGUCCCUGACGUUCUUCAGUCAUUUUCUUUGACUCUCCAUAAGACAGGCAACUCCCUAAACCGGACACUUAGAGUUGGUCCCUACCGUUCUUCAGUCAUUUUCUUUGACUCUCCAUAAGACAGGAAACUCCCUAAACCGGACACUUAGAGUUGGUCCCUGACGUUCUUCAGUCAUUUUCUUUGACUCUCCAUAAGACAGGAAACUCCCUAAACCGGACACUUAGAGUUGGUCCCUACCGUUCUUCAGUCAUUUUCUUUGACUCUCCAUAAGACAGGAAACUCCCUAAACCGGACACUUAGAGUUGGUACCUGACGUUCUUCAGUCAUUUUCUUUGACUCUCCAUAAGACAGGAAACUCCCUAAACCGGACACUUAGAGUUGGUCCCUACCGUUCUUCAGUCAUUUUCUUUGACUCUCCAUAAGACAGGAAACUCCCUAAACCGGACACUUAGAGUUGGUACCUGACGUUCUUCAGUCAUUUUCUUUGACUCUCCAUAAGACAGGCAACUCCCUAAACCGGACACUUAGAGUUGGUCCCUACCGUUCUUCAGUCAUUUUCUUUGACUCUCCAUAAGACAGGAAACUCCCUAAACCGGACACUUAGAGUUGGUACCUGACGUUCUUCAGUCAUUUUCUUUGACUCUCCAUAAGACAGGCAACUCCCUAAACCGGACACUUAGAGUUGGUCCCUACCGUUCUUCAGUCAUUUUCUUUGACUCUCCAUAAGACAGGAAACUCCCUAAACCGGACACUUAGAGUUGGUCCCUGAAGUUCUUCAGUCAUUUUCUUUGACUCUCCAUAAGACAGGAAACUCCCUAAACCGGACACUUAGAGUUGGUACCUGACGUUCUUCAGUCAUUUUCUUUGACUCUCCAUAAGACAGGAAACUCCCUAAACCGGACACUUAGAGUUGGUCCCUACCGUUCUUCAGUCAUUUUCUUUGACUCUCCAUAAGACAGGAAACUCCCUAAACCGGACACUUAGAGUUGGUCCCUGAAGUUCUUCAGUCAUUUUCUUUGACUCUCCAUAAGACAGGAAACUCCCUAAACCGGACACUUAGAGUUGGUACCUGACGUUCUUCAGUCAUUUUCUUUGACUCUCCAUAAGACAGGAAACUCCCUAAACCGGACACUUAGAGUUGGUCCCUACCGUUCUUCAGUCAUUUUCUUUGACUCUCCAUAAGACAGGCAACUCCCUAAACCGGACACUUAGAGUUGGUACCUGACGUUCUUCAGUCAUUUUCUUUGACUCUCCAUAAGACAGGAAACUCCCUAAACCGGACACUUAGAGUUGGUACCUGACGUUCUUCAGUCAUUUUCUUUGACUCUCCAUAAGACAGGCAACUCCCUAAACCGGACACUUAGAGUUGGUACCUGACGUUCUUCAGUCAUUUUCUUUGACUCUCCAUAAGACAGGAAACUCCCUAAACCGGACACUUAGAGUUGGUCCCUACCGUUCUUCAGUCAUUUUCUUUGACUCUCCAUAAGACAGGAAACUCCCUAAACCGGACACUUAGAGUUGGUCCCUACCGUUCUUCAGUCAUUUUCUUUGACUCUCCAUAAGACAGGAAACUCCCUAAACCGGACACUUAGAGUUGGUCCCUGACGUUCUUCAGUCAUUUUCUUUGACUCUCCAUAAGACAGGAAACUCCCUAAACCGGACACUUAGAGUUGGUCCCUACCGUUCUUCAGUCAUUUUCUUUGACUCUCCAUAAGACAGGCAACUCCCUAAACCGGACACUUAGAGUUGGUCCCUACCGUUCUUCAGUCAUUUUCUUUGACUCUCCAUAAGACAGGCAACUCCCUAAACCGGACACUUAGAGUUGGUACCUGACGUUCUUCAGUCAUUUUCUUUGACUCUCCAUAAGACAGGCAACUCCCUAAACCGGACACUUAGAGUUGGUACCUGACGUUCUUCAGUCAUUUUCUUUGACUCUCCAUAAGACAGGCAACUCCCUAAACCGGACACUUAGAGUUGGUACCUGACGUUCUUCAGUCAUUUUCUUUGACUCUCCAUAAGACAGGAAACUCCCUAAACCGGACACUUAGAGUUGGUACCUGACGUUCUUCAGUCAUUUUCUUUGACUCUCCAUAAGACAGGAAACUCCCUAAACCGGACACUUAGAGUUGGUACCUGACGUUCUUCAGUCAUUUUCUUUGACUCUCCAUAAGACAGGAAACUCCCUAAACCGGACACUUAGAGUUGGUCCCUACCGUUCUUCAGUCAUUUUCUUUGACUCUCCAUAAGACAGGAAACUCCCUAAACCGGACACUUAGAGUUGGUCCCUGCGCUUCUUCACUCGUUUUCUCAAACUCUCUAUAAGGCGGAAACAAAGACUUUGUGCCUGCCGUUCUUCAUUCAUUUCUCUUUGGCUCUCUAUAAUGCGGACACCAUCCUUAAACGGACACCUAGCGAUAGUCCCUGCCGUUCUUCAGUAAUUUUCUUUGACCGUCUUUGAGGCGGACACUUUUCCGUGAUAUAAAGAAUGUUGGUAGUUUAGGGUUUAAAAAUUUGAACUUUGCACAAAAACAUCAACUUUUUGUUCGUUUGUUUUCUUUUUCGUUUUUCACGGAUCAUGUACUUGCAGUGAGAAAUUCUGCAAUGGAUAGAAGCAACAGAUUUUGUUUAGUGUAUUUUUUUUUUAGUUUCUCUCACUAUACCUUUUUCGUGUUCAUUGUUUGACCAAAUUUCACUUGCACAAUGUGUUACAACUAAUUAAGUUGUUCUGAUUAACAGAAUAUUUUUAUAAUUUGUUGCCUCUGUGUGUUAUAUAUUUUUUCCCUUAGAGACGCACAUGGCUAGCCUACCAGUCGCGGUACAAAAAAGCUGCUGAAAGACGAUCAGCUGAAGACAAGGUAUAGAUAAACGUCUUCUCUGGGGUAGCCUGCGUAGCAAGCGUUUCCGCGCGAGUUUGUCGAGGACGUUGGAGAGAGAGCGAUAAAAAAGAAUGAAGGCAAAGGAGAGAAAACGAAGAAAACGAAGCGCUCUCUCUUUUCUUUGCAUUUGGAUUUCUCUCCCAUUUUUGUAUUGAAAAUAGAGCCCGCUAAAAUCUUUUGCACAGAAGUUAAAGCCACAAUUUUAAAAUAUUCAAGUGUCAUGAAUACUAGGGGCGUAUAUUUCACGGCAAUUUUACCAUGAAACUUGCCAUUUAGUGUUCAAUAAACAAACAGUGUCCCUACUUGAAUUGAACCACUCAGAAAUGAACAUGAUGAAUCUCUCUACCCUCCAAAAUUUCUAGAAUCAUGAAUUUGAACACCCCAAAAUCUAUCACUAAUAUCUCCUUCAUUUUGAGUUCCGAGUACCCGCAGGGGAUUAACAAUGCAUCUCCCCGGGACGUAGUCACUGAUGACUAUGUGGCUGUUGAUGAGCGUUAUUUUACCCUUGAAACUCCAUGCCAUCGGAUCGCAACGAAAUUCGUCUCCACAGCAUGGUGAAUACUCAUUUUCAGUCAUCGGUCAAUCAUUUGUGAUCCCAUUCCCGUCCAACGCGAAACUGGAGGGAAGGUCAAAUAACGGAGAAGUUUGAAUGGUUACCAUUUUUCAUGGUUCUUUCGGCCUCCUUUAUAUACUUGCAGGAAAGGGUAAAGUACUGUUUGGAAGCUGUCCGCUCAGACUUUCAAGCAAAAAGAAUGAAGAACACACCAAAAUACUAUAGUAAGUAUGAUCGAAUUGUUUAGUAAAUGUUAGUUUUCAGGUUUUCUUGUCAGCGCGCAAAAUACUGCACGUGACAAGAAACCUUACAGUGCUCUAUUGUGGGUAGGAUAUACACUAAAAUAAUGUCUGCAUUAUAUUCUGCACCUUAGAUGUUCGACGCGUGAAUCCGAUUCGCACUUUCUCCGUCUUAUGCGACUGAGCUGGUCGAAUUUAUUAGUUGGGUCGACCCGGAUUAAAAUCGUCGAAUUUAAUUGAUUCAAACGUCCAACUUGUCAUGCCUCGAAUCAAAUGAUUCGAUUCAGCGCAUGAAAAAUACGUUUAAACCGGGCCUAAUUUUCCGUAUUUGUUUUGCCAGCUCCUUCGGAGAAGAUUCCUCGCCUUUUGAAUACCUGUCCUGGAGGUAAGGAGUAUGAAAAUUAUAAUUAACGUAGUCACGUGAAAUUAUUCUCCUAAAAAGGUGAACAUUGCGCGCGUGCGGCGGGAUGCUUCGGGGUGGGCUACAGGCAGACACACCUUCAGCCAUACACCCUCGGCCUAUGGCCCAAGCUACGAGCGGCGACCGUAACCGUAAACGGCGAACCGCAAUGUUAAGUCUGGUAGAGUGUUCAUAGUCCCCUGUUUUUCCGUGAGAUCGUCGUGAUCAUGCGCCUACCCUUACAGGCGGCCAUCUUGGUUUCCAAUGUAACUAAUAAAGUCUGAGGGUGAGUAUCAAAUCUACUUAGGGGUAGGGGACGGUUUCGAAGGAGGCUAUUUUUCUUGUCUUACCCCCCACCUGCGAUUUACAUUUGAAACCAAGGUGGCCGCCCGUAGCGGUAAGGUCCGAGGUGACAGUGAACUGUCUAAGUCUAAGAAAGAACUGUGCUCGCGAGCGAGACACGCGUGUCUCUCUCUCUCUCGCGUGCCUCGUUCUUUUCCGCGCCCAUUACUUCCAAACGCCUGCUGCGCAAGCUAAGUCUUUGGUUGCCAGGGUGUACAGACGUAAAAUUCUGCAAAUCGCCAUCGUGUGACAUUUUCUACGGUUUCUUUUUUCAUGUCUUUAGGCUUUGUAUGACAUUUUUUUCCUUCAUUUAUCUAUACCUGAAGCUUUGAAAACCGGGUUAGCAAAAAAUCAGCUCAUUCUACUACUUGGCAAUUUAAACAAUAAAAAAUCAUUCAAAGGUUGAUUGAAAACCUUUCUCUGACGCCAGGCAGUACGUUAGUGGCCCCUAAUGGCAUUUCACCGAGUCCAAAUUUAAAAUGACGCAAAUUUUAGAACAUUUAUUCAGUAAUCUGACUCCCUUAACUUUCAACCCGGCGUCAUUCAGGUCUACAGUAACUUGCCUGAGAGGGCAAGUCUAAAAUGCAUGUUCAAGACUAUCUAAAAUAAAAUAAUAUGCUCCGUUUAUAUUACUGGUCAGGUAAAAAUGCUCAAUCAAAGACUUUCUCGUAAACUUUCCAAAAUAAGAGUUUCACAGUUUAUGAUUAGUUGCAAGUACCACAGAAAUAAUAAAAACAGGCUAAGACAGAGGAAGUUGUGAUAAAUUACAAAAUGUUUGCUAACCCGGUUUUCAUAAAUUCAUGUAGAUCUGUACAUUGAACAACCGAGUCCUUACAAACGAAAUCGCAAGCUGUUUUCUUUUUCACUGUUCUCUUCCUUUGACCACUUGUUUUGUGUUGAUUGCUCUAGAAAACUGAUAGUCAUUCUCUGAAUGGUGUUUGCGAUAGUCAUUUUGUCUUAACUUUCUUUUUCAUCCUGACUUCGAUUCUAUCAAAUGUUUUAUUCCACAGCAUGCCGGCAGCUUUUCAAGAAAGCCCAGCUCCUAGGUUACACCACAGGACAGGUAAUCUUUUUAUAUCAGCUUGCACAGGGUCGGUACUUUGCUUAGUACAUUAGCGUGCCCGGGGGUUUCUAUAGAAAAUGCUCGAUUCCAAAGUUUUAGGUGUUUUUAUUUUAAGUCGACGAUUAUUUUUAAAGCGCUCAAAGAUGAAAAAUGGUUUCAAAUCGCGCGACCAAAAUUCCACGUUAGUUGACCGAUGACCUAAAUAGCCUAAUUUUGUUUGAAUGGAAUGUCAUUCAUUCAAAGCAAGUAUGGCGGAGAGUAAAAAAGAGAAGCGUCGUGGAGGACGAUAUUGCUUUGCUAGAACUCAAUUUCCACUUCCUUUCUUGCCUUCCCUACCCAGUUUAAUCGGCAUCAAAGUUAGCUAGACUUUGUUCAUGUUUUUCUUAUGCUCUUAAGCAAGCCUUUCCUCCCCCUCCCCCGAAGUGAGUUUUGUGCCUUUGCUCCAGUUUCCGGUACGAAACAACAAAGCAGCUAGCUUUGUUUGGGGAGGGGGUGAGGAGGUUAGGAUGGAGAACAACAAUUUUAUCGUUGACUGUUCCACUUGAUAAGUCAUUGUAGGUAUAGUUUAACCAGAUUUUUGGUUAUUUUAAGAUGGGGGUAAAUAGCUUUCUUCCAACCUUCCUUUUCUCAGACUCAGAGUAUUGUAAACGUUCGGCGGAAAUGGUUUGUCCAACCUGCUCUUACAAGCGAAUUUGUUCAUUAUUAUCACGGUAAGUAUAAUGUUAACAUUUUUUCUCAUAGUUUAUUUAUAAUAAAGGGUGCGUCUUAUAGAGAGUCCAAGAAAAUGACUGAAGCACAGCAGGGAACAACCUCUUGGUGUCCGGUUUAGGGAGGUGUCUAUCUUGUAGAGGGUCAAAGAAAAUGAGUGAAGAAUGGCAGGGACCAUCUCUAGGUGUCCGGUUUAGGGAGGUGUCCGUCAUAUAGAGAGUUUCAAAGAAAAUGACUGAACAACGGCAGGAACCAACUGUUGGUGUCUUGUUUAGGGAGGUGUCCAUCUUUCAGAGGUGGCCUUUAAAGAAACGUUCACUGUGUUUCUGUAUCAGAUCGAAGUGCUCGAUUGAAAGAGAUGCAGGAACGCCAAGAAGAACUUGAGUCAAACAACAAAAGGUUACAACAAGAGGAACAGGACUUGAGAGAGAAAUAUCACGAGGUUUGAAUUCUCACAUGUAUGUAGCUCGCUACAACCUCGGACAAAAACUGUUGAAGCCUAUUACAAAAUACCUAUUUUUUGCACUCGUCCUGACCAAAAAGCUUACCAUCGCAAAAUGAAAAACCGUUCCCCCCUCCCCUAUUCCAAUUUUGUUUGCGGUAACACCAGAAAUGCCCACGUGAGCUUUUAGACCAAACCAACUUUGAACAGGGGGUGGGGAGAGGGAGACUUUGUUCCCCUUAGAAAUGAUCGUAGUAUGGCGCGAAAUUACAAAAUACAUGGAAAUACCUAAAGAGUUUUGUCCGGGGUUGUAGAAUACGUGGUAGGCAUUCAAAAAUAAUGGGGAGUUGGAAAAUUUGGUGCGCGAGGAAGUCAAGGGCGCAUGCCUCGAGAGGCGGUCCUCGUAGUACACGUUACAAAUAGCCCCUCAUAAACGUGUGGUUUGUGGGGUCACCCUAUACAGUAGAUACACAUUUGAUCUCUCUCUAUAUAUAUUUAACAAUUAUUGGAUGAGGCUGAGUAUGAUCUGAAGAAUUAUGGAUAUCGAGCAUACCCUCCCAGGUCUACAUAAUUCUUCAAAUGAUGCGAAAGCCGAAUUCAACAAUUGUUUAUUAUUCAUUCAAAAUAAUUCCUACUUUACAAACAAGCUAAAACAUGCUUACCUCCAUCGAUCAACUUCAAUUGCCUGUUUAUCGGCAAGUUUAGGAGAAAAAGGGUUCUUUAGGACUGCAAAUAUUCUUCAAAUAGCAGAUGUCGUCCGUCGAGUUGUCUUCUUGCUGGUUUUGCUAUGUUUUUAGCCAGUAGUUCGCCCAUUUCUUCCUCUUGAAACGAGUGAAAUGUUCCGCCAUUUUGUACUCACUACAACCCAACCUCGUCUCCAGGUCUUCUCGGUUAACGGUUUAGUUUUCUGGCAAUUAUGCUGCACAACUGACGUGAUUGUUCACAUAUCCCAAAAUUCUUCCAAAUUUGGUCGACAUUAGCUGGUUAUGAUGAAUUAUCCGUGGGAUUUUGGCCAAUCAGAAACGGAGAAAUAUUUUGAAUGGAUAAUAAUGUACGUUAUUUACCCACGUCAAGUCUUGGCCCUAUUUCGUAAUAUAUUACAGGGCUGGGUUGCUCAAAGAAGGGUUAAGAUAACCCAGGGUUAGUGCAAAAUUUGAAUUUAGAUAUCGAAGCUUAAAAAGCAAAAUCAGUGUUAUUAUUUUUGUCUACAGUUUAAUGAUUGGAUGGCCUAAAAAGAAUAGAGAAAAUAACCCGGGAAAAUGCUUUUGAACAAACGAAAAGGAAACCCUGGUUAAACUUCAACCCUGGGUUAGCGCUAUUCGGCCUUCGAACAACUGGACCCAGAGCUUUAGAUUCUGAGACGAGGACGACAACGAGUACGUGAUUUUCUCAAUACUGAGUAUUGCUCUCGCGUGAACCAGCGUCAUUUUGGCGGGAAAACCUGAUAGCCGUCGUCAUUCUACUUGGAGUUUUUGCCAUCGGGAGAGGGCUUAACCUCCUUCAGUAUAAACAACCGUACGAACUUUUUUGGUGAUAAAAAGCAAAAUAAAGCUUUCCGGAGUGUCUUUUUUUUACAACACGCCCAAAACCUUUAAGUUAAAUCUCGUACUCGUACUCGUUCUCGAUUAGAGAGCUUAAGCUACUACGACGACUAAGGUAGUGAAAACGUCACUAACUAAAUAAAUUCGCGUUUGUUCAAACUCUAUCGCAUUAAUUUACAGCCUUGGUCAAGUUGUGAAAUGUAGGCGAAUUUCCUUUGAGUUGAAUUCUUAAGUACUCUAUACUGCCAAGUUUUAAACAAGAAAGAUUUGUCGUCUUGUGUUCACGUCCUCCAUAAACCCUCUCAUUAAAAGGUUUCACUUCGAAGUCGUGCUGUGGAUGUUAAAGAAAUGUACCAAAAAACGUGCUGCAAGUGCAUAGCUGUUGUUCUUCUCGUUUCACCAAUGUAUUUUGACGUUCUUGUUGCCGUUGUCGUUAUGGUUGCCUUGUUAAAAGCAAGACCGACUUUGCCUUAUCAAAAUAUUUCCAGCAGCUUUCACUUCUAUGACUGCCUUACAGUACGACAACUGUAACCGGGGCCACUUAGACAAAGUUGACCAAUCGGAUUACAGAAAAAUAACAAUACAUUCCAAGCAGGUCGGUUGUUGGCCAAUCAGCAACUCGUAAAAAAAGCAACAAGAGACGAAGCACAAAAUUUAAUAUUGAUAGCAAGCGUUUUUCAGGAAAGCAAAAUGUUUCACCAGACAAUGUUUUUCUAUUCGAAACUUUGCAUCCAACACCCAGGAGAACUAUUUCUUUGGCACAAGCUGUUAUUUUGUUAUGUACCAGAAAUUUCUUCGCUCCUGUUGCCGCGCUUUGUAAUAACAUGCGACCGCAAGUCUAAAAUAUAACUACCGUUUACGAUUUUCGCCUCCGUCACUCACUCUAACGGACCUCUCGGGAAACACGUGCUUUCUUCAGCGGGUUUAAAAGGUCCUGUCUGUAGGUUGUAAUUGGUUGAUUUCGAUCCAUGUCGUUAAUUUUGUUUCGUGGUAAUUAUGAUUGACAACUAACUUUCUAGGAAUAAAUUGUUUUUUUCCUGUAAUCCGACUGGUCAACUUUGUCUGGGUGGCCCCGGUUAUAGUAGUCGCACUUUAAGGUUCUAUCCAAAUAAGAGCAAUGUUGUACAGCAAAACAAACGUUUCAUGUCACUCCCGGGAUCGAUGGUAUAAACUGAGCUACUGAUAAGCAGUAUUAAAACGAGAAGGGAACUGGAGCCGACAUGUGUCCUACAAUUGUUUCUGCGAUGGUUACUGGGCACGCGCCAGUAACAGUCCCAGAAGUCUUUGCGAAAGUUUACUCGGCCCAGUUCCCGUCACGUUUUUAACGUGGCGAAUAACCAACACUAUAGAAUGCGAGGUCCUACUAUCCUUUGAAAUUUUCUGUUUUAUUUGUGUUUAUCAUUUCUAUCAGUUGACUGAAACUAUUCAGCUAUUGGCAGAAGACAUCCUUGAAAGGAGACAAGAAACGACACGGCUUCACCGCUGCUUGUGUAAGCUGGCGGGCAAGGUAAUUAGCGUCUUCUUUCGUCUUUAUGAAUUACAGUCAACUCUCUGCAAGGAAGACAUCUUUAGGACCGGCACUAAGUGUCUGUCUUCAGAUGAUGUUACACGAGACGAUUCGCAACGACGAUUUGUAGCUCAACACAGCGUUGCAACAUUGUUGCGACAUUGUUUCGAAUGGUUACAACAGUGUCCCAACAUUGCAACGCUGUGUUGCGCUAAAAAUCGUCGUUGCGAAUCGUCCCGUGUAACAUCACCUUUAGAAAGAUGUCUGUCCAAUAGAGAGUAAAAUAAAGAGAGUAAGGAAAGGGAGAGACAACCUUGGCAGUCCAUUUUACAGAGGUGUCCGUCUUACAGAGAUGUCUGUCCUAUAGAGGUGUCCCUCUUACAGAGGUGUCCGUCUUAUAGAGGUGUCCGUCUUAUAGAGGUGUCCAUCUUACAGAGGUGUCCGUCUUAUGGAGGUGUCCGUUUUACGGAGGUGUUCGUCUUAUGGAGGUGUCCGUUUUACGGAGGUGUUCAUUAAGAGAGAGUUGACUGUAUCAGUAAAGAAGAUCUACACUAUGUUUUAUGAAAUUUCUAAACGAAAAGUUGCCCUGAUACAAGAACUCCCUUCUCUGCUGAGGCCUCAGCCUGUGUGCGGUGGGAGGAGGGGACGGGGUUCUCAGGCUACAGAGUCCUCUACUGGUAUUCCAAAAAGAUAUGGUAAGCGCGCGGAGGUCGAUGGGAAGAAGGAAAGGCUGAGCGGAGACCUAUUUCUUUCUCUUUUCCCUUCUCAUUGGCCCCAGGUCCUAGUGGCGCAAAGAGGCCUCUGUAAAGGAUAUAGGCUCAAGAUGAAGGUGUCACUUUUACAGCAUGCGUAUGCACGUUACUUGAGUCAAGAGUCAAGGUUCACAAAUUAUGCGCUCUGGAGACCGUUUUCGAAAAGCUUUCAAAAGUGCCGUGGACGCCAGGCCAAAGCGGAGGAAAAAGGUGCGUUUUUGAAUUUAUGCGGGGUAAGUGUGCACAGGGUCUUGGCGAAAACUGUUCGUGCGUAGGGGAAAACCGUCCUACUGCUUGCUUCUUUCUUAAGUUUUUUUAAGACUCGAACAACUAAAUUUCAUUAGUUAGUUAGUUUCUUUUUUUUUUGAAGGCUUUCAGAACUUAGUUUCCUGUCCUAUUACACAACGUAUCAAUGAAAACGUCUCCUGUACGGCUCGCAAAAGUGCCUUUGUUCAUCCAAGAAAAGGCUUUUUUUGUUUUUUGUUUUUUGCUUUGCAGGAGUUAACUCAGCCGUCCGUAUUGGAAUCCAAAAAAACGAAGACUGCAGCUUCACAAACAAGGAUGAAGCCUUUAAAACUCCACAUGUAAGUGACGCUAUAUUGGAUUUGAUUGCUUGUAGAUCACGAAAAGUCGGCGUGACUCCUUUGCUGUGAUAUACAGUAAAAACCCGCGACUAAGAACUUUUUAGGCUAAAAUUUGAAACUACUUCUUAUUUUCUAAAAUCUUUAAAUAAAAUUCUGUACACCAGGGCAAAUAAGUUACCGGUAAGUCAACACAGUUCAGAAUCCUUUUUGGAGAUGUAGGUGCCUUAUCACUCCAACUGCAAUACUAAUUUAGCAUGCAAAUCUUGUAUAGCAAUAAGCUGGAGACCUUUAAAUACUCUUGGCUACAAUAUAAUUUGUUCUUAAGAAAAUAAGAACCCAAAUAUUUACGAACCUAAAUAGCCUAAAUUUGUGCUUAUUACCAUUUAUGUCAUUAUGCAGGUUCUUAGUCGCGGGUUUUUACUGUACCCCGACUUUUUAAUGUAACAUUUCUCAUUGUCCUUGGUAGUUAUAGAAACUGACGCCCUAAGGCCUUAUAACCGUUUUUAAACGGUUAUAAGUCUCAAGAGACUUCGCGCUCAGUUUUCAUUUUGCGCAGAAUUUUCAAGAUUUGCGCUUGGCUUUUGAAAAAACAUACCCGACUCUAAUCUUUAAUUUAACACUUGUUCCCUGCAUUCACUGUUUUUGUGGUCGAGUCUAGAAGUCACUAUAUGCUUCUGAUUGGCCUGUAUUUCCGACCCCCCCCCUUCCUCUCCCAGAACCCUUCUCUAUUGCGCAUGACAACGCUGAGUCAAGAGCGUGAGCUCUGGGUUCGAUAUUGAUUAGCUGGAAAAUAGAUCAUUUCCACGAUGGCGUCAUUUUACUACUUCUACCAGAAACCUUCAGGGUUUUGCUUUUUUGUGCAAAUUAAGGGUUUUUGUUAUUUAAACCUCACUAGGUUAACCAAAUUCAAAUACAGUCGACUCCCGAUAACACGAACCCUCGCUAAGUCGAACCAAAAUCGAUUUCCUUGGAUUUCUUUCAUACAUAUAUCGUAAUUUUACCCUCGGUAACUCGAGCCCUCGAUAACUCGAACCUCCCGCUCACUCGAAGUUAUUUUUGCUUCCCUUCAGAUGACCUCUACAUAAUUUUACCCUCGAUAACUGGAACCAUGUCAAGUCGAUCAAAAAAGAAAAAAAGUGUGUACUACAGUCCGAAAUAUUGAAUUUAAUAUUUCAAAACAGCUGUGUAUUCUUUGUCUUCACUUUUUGGUCAGUUCAGUUCGAUUACAGUGUCCAGCCCUGUGUAUUUUAAUUGAAGUUCUGUUUUCUUAAUUCCAAGUGUGCAUGAUACUUGUAUUCUUUCCCCUUGCCAUUUUCUUAUUUUCUCAUUUUUGGUUACUUGCUUCGAACUCCCGAUAACUCCACGAAAAGCGUUUUCCGUUGGCUCGAGUAAAUGAUCUGUUUAAAAAGGAAAAGGAAGUUAUAACAUAACCUGAAUGUUUUGUCACGUUUUUCCCCGGCAGGUGCAACACAUGCAAAACAACCGAGAAUCAACAUCAACUGGUGCAGUGUGACACGUGCCACUACCACUAUCACCUGGCAUGCGUCGAUCCACCUCUAACGCGCAUGCCCAAGCGAUCGGCCAAGUGUCUUUGGUGAGUAAAGAAUUGUCUCCCAUCUUUAAUUUUUUUUUUUGGACAGAUGACGAUCGGGGAGAGUAGAAAUAGCAAUCCAUGGGUUGUCGCUAAAGCGAAAAAAGGAAAAAAGGGGAGAGGGAGAGGAGGAAAAAAGUAUCAUCUCUCUUUCUCUUAGCCUUGCCCCAGUUCUCCUCUUUUUUGCAAUUCAAAAUCUUCUUGACGUUGGCUGGUAGCGUAGAGGCCUUCAUUAACGCGCGGAUAAUUAAAAGAUUUGCUAGAGUCGCCGCGAGAGAAAAUACAAAGUUUAAAACACAGAAAGCAAAGAAGAAACUUCUUCUGAGGCGAACAAUGAGAGAAUUGGUAACAAAAAAUCCAGGAUUCGAGUGCCGUACUGUUCAGCCAUGGUUUAACUUGCUAGAUUAUAUACAUGAAGUUUUUCUUUUCGAUGAAAUAUCUAUAUUGAUUACGCUUCCGUUUAUUAGCUACCUUUCAUAUAUGCCAUCUGCUGUGCGGACACGUCAUAUAGCCGGUUCUUUAACUAAAGCCUUAGACUCAAUGUUUUAUAGGUAGAGUGCAAACAGAAAUUCAGUCUUAUCGUUGAUAUAAAUUUUAAGGGUUGAAAUACUGAGUUAAAUUGUAGAAAACAAGGCCAAUUCAGAAAACAACGGGAACGCCGGUUUUGCGACAUUAUUAUUGAAAACAAAAAAAUUAAGCACCGCAAUAUAUAGUCCGUUUUCAUCAAGUUCCAAUUACCUCUCUGUCCUUAAUUGAAAUGUGAGCUGUUCCCUGCUAAGUAGAACUUCUUCUUUAAUUGACAACGCUCGGUGUCAGCUUGAAAGGGCGAGUUAUUUUCUCGUUAAUAAUUCAUCCGACAAGCAAAUGAUGUACACGUAAAAUAAUGAUGGAUUUUAUUUAAUUCUAUACUUUUAUUUAAACUUAUAAGGAAUCUGACGUAAGUUUUCAGUCAGCAUCUUUUUGGUAGUUCAGGGUGUCGUCGACGAGGCGUUUGAGUCUUCAAAGUCGAAAAGGUUUCUGAAAAAGGACCGAAACCUAAUAUUUCGGGCUCUUCUCGUCCUCCUUCUUCUUUCUUUGAGAUAAGCCUCAAUUGGGGACUCACGACAAUGUAAUCUGAAACUCUUCUCAAAUGCCAACGAGUAUUUGUGUUCUUCUCUAAAGAGCCUUAACAUGGCAACUUUCACUUUAGGCUUACGCCGUAGGAUGCGUCUUAUCUCGUACCCAGAUUUUCCACGGUCAAGCGAAAUAGAGACCUUGUAUUUUAAAUCGAGACAUACGUACAGUUGUAAGCAACUUUUUUGUCUGGCGAUUGCCAAGAUGGAAAUCGUUUCCAUCUCAAAAAUUCGCCAUUUUGUCACAUUUUUACUUUUUCUUUGGUAGUAAUCGGUACAUAUACAGUUUUUUAAGUAAGUGCCCUAAAGGUUUCUUGUUGUUUCACAAUUCAGAGAGAGCACUAUUGUAUUGUAACAUGAACGUUCGUCACGUUCUUAUGUCUCCGAAAUCCUGAUGGUCGCUGGUAUCGCUGAGUUCUUCGUUAAGGCACGGAUUACUAAGAGAUUUCCUAGAGUCGCCACGAGGGAAAAUACAAAGUUUAAAACACAGAAACCAAGGAAGAAACUUCUCCCGUAGGAAACCAGUUUAACGAAAUAAUCCAGAAGUCGAGUGCAGGCCUGUUCAGCCAUAGUUUUGUAAAUAUACAAUAUGUAUGUAUUUGUCGUGGUUAAAACUGAUAUCUACAUUAAUUACCCCUCGUUUUAUUAGCUUUUUUUCACAUCGGCCACCUGCGGUAGUGCCUAAUAAAGCCGGUUCAUUAACUAAAGCCUUAGACUAAAUGUUAUAGGUAGAGUGCAAACAGAAAUUCAGUGUUAUUGUUGGUAUAGAUUUUUAAGGGUUGAAACACCGAAUCAAAUUGUAUAAAACAAGGCGAACCCAGAAAACAAUGCAAGGGGAAGGUUUUGCAACACUAGUAUUGAAAACAGGACAAUUAAACACCGCAAUAUAUAGUCCUUUCCAUAAAGUUCCAAUUACCUCUCUGUUCAUAAUUGAUCAGUGAGCUGGUUCCUGCUGAGAAGAACCGUUUGUUUAAUUGCAAAUGCUCGGAAUAGAAAAUAGAACUUCAGUUCAUUCUAAAACGUUGAAAGGGUGAGUUUUCGCUCUAAAUUUAACUGUCCAGCGAAGUUUUGAAACAUAAUAAAAUGGAGAUGGAUUUUGUUUAGUUCUAUUUUUUAUUUAAAAUUUUAAGCAUUUUGAUGCAAUGCUUCAGUUUCAAAACGUUUGGCACCUGUUUUAGUCGUAGUUAGUAAAGUGACGUCUAGUCAGCGAGGCUUUUUAGUCUUGCAAGCCGAUGAGGUUUUUAUAAAUGGACUGGAGCCUAACAUUUUGGACGGUUUUCGUCUUCCUUCUUCUUUCCGUGAGAUUUGUCUCAAAUGUAGACUUGCGACGGUUUUUCUGAAUGGACCAGCGCACAGCGAAUGACCUUGCUUAUUUGUAAACUCUUUUCGAAUGCCAAUGAGUAUAUGCGUUUGUCUCUAAAGAGCCUCAACAAGCCGUAGGAAUGCGUCUUAUCGCGUAUCCAUAUCUCCCACGCCCAAGCGAAAGAAAGACUUCACUUUUUUUAAUGGAAACAUGCAUACAGUGGUAAACAACUACUUUAGCUGUCGAUUCUUCAGAUGGAAAUCGAUUACAGCCUAAAAAAUGGCCAUUUUGUCACAUUGUUACUUAUUCUUUGCGAGUAAUCGGUACAAUCACGCUUGUAAACGCUAAGGUUCUUGAGCCAUAGCAAACACAGUUUUGUCCAUAAAAAGAGGAAAAUCCUCUUAAAUUUUUCUCUUUUAGAAGUUAGUUGACGAUGAAAAAGGGAACUGAGUUUCAUUAAGUAGGUGCCCUAAAGGUGUCUUCUUUUUUCGCAAUUGGGAGAGACCAGAUCGUGUUUUAAAGAAUUCAAUUCUAGGUACGUAGUUAUUACAAAAAUCGCCUUCCAUCCCAAUGUUUAAAAUGCUGAAUUGAAAUUCACUUUUAUAUGUUAGUCUUUUUCCACUGUAAGUCCAUUACAUUUCGUGGAAGUCGUAGACGGAAUUUAGUUCAAAGGUGUCUGUUUUCAGGUUCUCUAUUGAGAGACCAAUUCCAAUUGUAGCGACCAAUCUUCUCCUGUUUACACCUUUCCUUGGUCUUUGGGCAGAGCAAGUCCAUUCGCCACUUUUAAAACGAUUAGGGCCGAAAUAUUUCCCGCAAUUUUUUCUUGGGACUGUUACUCAGGUGGGGACGCGCCGAUCAGCGCGGUCAUUUUUGGUUAUUUUUUCCCUUCUCCCUAGUAAUAGUCCCAGGAGUCUUGCUAGAAUUGCUCGUUCUCUCCAAAUUUCGUCUCGUAGAACUUCGCAUCCUCACGUCAUAUUCUCGUCCAAACGAAGUAUUUUCUUCAUUGUGCUUUUUACAAUUUGGCGAAUCUCUCGGUAUCGCCAGCAAUAAACAAUUGGAUUAAAUGAUGAAUUCAGGUAAAUUAAGAAUGGCGACGCAGAUUUGGCUAUGAGAAACGAAGUUUCAGAAGUGUCAGUCAAGUACAAUAUUAUAGAAGGCAAAUAAGGAAGAUAACAAACUAGAAAAACAAAAUAGACAAAAAGAGUAUUAUAAGCGGACUUCCUUUGUCUGAGUGCCUCCCUUGUUUGUGCAUUUUGAAGCUGAUUUUGACUGUAUAUCUGAUUCUGGUGAUAUUUGACGAUUUUGUAAAUACGAACAUAUGCCACUGUUGUCAGAACAUACCCUACCAGUAAAAUAACUGCAGCUACCAUUUCAUUGCUUUUCGGAAGGAAAAUGUACAUCAAGGCAGUGAUAGAACUUGUUAACCAUAUAGAUAUCAAUACUAUAGUGACACGUUUGGACGUGACAAGCUCUUGAUAUCGCAGAUGGAGCGAAACGGCGAGAAGUCUGUCGAGUGCAAUGGUCGAGAGAGUUAGGAAAGAUGCAGCGCAGAGAAAAAAGAACAGAUAAGAGUCCAAAAUUAAAACUGUUGGACAGAGUGACGUUAAGUUGUAAUCUUCUUUUGAUGCUGUCUUCAGUAUCGCGGCAUAAAUAAUGCCGGCCAUUAGCUGCGACACCAAUCCCACCCCAAGAUCAGAGAAAGCCAGACUAAGGAACAGCCUCUUCUCGUUGGCUGUUAUUGAUGAAGCUUUCAAUAAGGCGCGAAUUAGUAAAAGAUUUCCGAGACUUGUCACGAGAGAAAACGCGAAGUGUGAAACACAGAGAGAAAAGAAAAAAGUUUCUCUGUAACGGGCAAGUUGAAGAAAACCCUCCAACGUUUGAUUGCAGUACUGUUCAGCCAUUUUUUAUCUUGCCGGUUGUUUUUCAAGCAUUUUACCUUAAUUACCCCUCCUUUGUUCGUUUUUUAAAAUACCCGACUAGUUUGACGGUGGAUGUUAAUGUAAACGGUUUAAUAUGCCUCAAGCGCAGUGUGUAUUGUUUGUAGAGUACAGGGUCGUAUGGUCGUUUAUUGACAUACUUAAUGAAAACACAACGUUUAAACUGUGCAAUACAUGGUUCGUUUCCACCAAGUUCCAAUUACCUCUUUGUUUAUAACUGAGAUGCGAGUAGUUUCAAGCUGGGAAAGAUGUGCUUGUUUAAUCUAAAACGGCUGGUUUAACAAUAGAAGGUUAAAUCAUUCUAAAAGUUGAAACGGCGAGUUUUUUCUCUCAAUUUAACGGACCAGCCAGCCUUUGAAACAUAAUAAAGUAGUGAUGGAUGUUUUAAGUUCUAUUCCUUUUGAACUCGUGGGUACGCGCGAGCGUACCACGAGUUAUUGCAGGGACAAGGAUAUGCAAAUGAGUCACUCACUCACUCGUAGUAGACGCACUUCGUAAUUAAUCGGGUCCGAAGUCGAGAGCGCAAAGAUCUAUCGUUUCCAAAGAAGCACGCGCCCGGUUAAGUUCGGUGGCAUCAAAUUCCUCGCUGAGAACGUGCAUCGUGCUCUACAGCACGGUUGGAGGAUAGUUAAGACACGCAAGAAACUUUCAGAUUAGUACGAUUCAAGAGCCUUUGACUCGUCCAGGCGUUAAACUUGACGAGAAGAUGAGCAUUUGCUCUUCGACUCCUUUAACUUCGACGCUGGCUUGAUCUCCUACCUUGUAGUAAUGUGGUAGGUUAUGUGUAUGAAUGAAUGUAUGGUAAAUAAAGGCACCUCUUCUUUUUCUUCUUAAGGACUCCCCAAGAUCACGGGGGGAAAUGGAUGUGAUUUUGAGGCAUUAGCUUUAAAAUGACAGCGGAAAUCGAGAUAAGAAAACAUAAGCUUAUGUUUGGCGUCCUACUUCGCGAAGGAGUUGUGUCGGCUUUGUAUCGCAUAUGUUCUUUCAUUGCUUUGAAUUGCCAUGAAAUGCGUUUACAUUGUUUUUUACUGUCAGUAGCUUGGUUUCAAUUAGCCUUAAUUUCAUCCGAUUGCUUCGAGUCUUUUUUUCAGUUGGUUAAGUAUGGCUCGAUCGUUUGCAAGCGGAAGUUCCAUGGAAAAGGCAUUAAAUUUCAGACUUUUCACCACAUUACGUGACCAUCCUCAAUGGGGUAGUGGCUACGUGAUGUCGGGUCAACCCGAAGGUACUGAGUUCAAAUUCUGCUAAGGAUCUCCUUUUUUCCAUCUUCCUUUUUUUUUUUUUUCUUUUUUGUUUUGUUUUGUUUGCUUAUUUGUUUUGCUGUUUUUUUUUUCUUGGUUUUUAAAUAUAUGCCUAAAUAACUGUAAAUAAAGUGCAAUAAACAGCAAGAAAAGUAUUGUGUUUCCAGAACAAGGAUAGUAUAUUCAUUAUUUGAAUUUCUAUCAUUUCCUAAAAUUUACUGUGGGAAAACCAGAGGUGAUAACUAAUUGAUUAUUUUCUAAACAACGUACCCACGAGUUGACGAUAGUCUUUCUUUGAUUAAAAUUUUAAGCCAUCCGACUACCUUGUCAUUGCUUUUUGGAAGGAGAAUGUGGUUAAACAAAGGAGCAAGGAGGGAAGUUCUCCUGUAGCGAGUAAUUUUUCACAAAAAAUUCAACGCUUGAGUGCAGCACUGUUCAGCCAUGGUUUAACUUACCAGUAAAUUUACAUGAACUUUUCGUCCAAAAACUAUCCACAAUAAUUAUUCCCUCGACCGUAUGUUAGCUUCCUUUCAAAAUAGCCAUCUGCUGUGAUGCUUCGUGUUAAUAUGGACUUUAAGAUGCCACGACGGCGACGACAACGAAAACUUCAAAAAAGUAAUAGUUUGAAUUAGGAAAACAACAACUGUGCACGUGCAUCACGCUUUUUUGCACAUUUCUUUGCCGUCACUGCAUGACUACGACGGGAAAGUUCCUAAUUUCACCGUUUUGUGGAGGACGUAAACAAGCGACGGCUAAAUUUUCUUUCUCUUUCUGAACUUGAAUAUGGUUCUUAGGAAUUCGGCUCACAAAGAGUUCGCUUGCAUUUGACAAAGUAAAUGAGUUGGACUAAUCGCGAUAGAGAUUGUAAGAACGCGAAUUCACUUUUCAAGCGACGUUUUCGUGGCCGUCGCCGUCGCCGUCGCCGUCGUGGUAUCUUAAACUCCCUAAUGUCGAUGGUUGGUUAACUUGCUAAGCCUUAGACUUAGUGUUUAAAGGGAAGAGUUCAACCAGGAAUUUUUAUUGUUGGUACAAUAAAUUUUAGCGGUUAUGAACCUAAAUCUUUUGCAGACAAACCCAGGAAAUAAGGGGAAGGUUUUGCGACAAGUCAAAACAAUUAAACACGGGGAUAGAUGGAAAAAAAAUUAAACCCCACCGCAAUAGAAUAUGGUCUCUUGUCAUCAAGGUAUUAUUACCGCUCUGUUCAUUAUUGAGAUGUGUUCAGUUUUCGGCUUUUAUUUGAGGGUAUACCAGUACAAACUCUUUAAUUGUCGGCUCAUCAUCAAGCUCGUCCAUGACUGGGAGAAAGGUGAUUCAGUUGAGAGCAGCGUAGUUAACAACUGUCUCACGCAGAGAGAGAGCUCAGAGUAGUGUUCCACCCAUUUGUCCAUUUGCUCUUUGGGGUCUGUAAUGGACCCAAAGCUUUCUUGAUGCCAUGUUACAUGCCUCUGAUAUUGCCCAAGACUGUGGUUAGCUGUAUGUCGUUGCAAAGUUUAAGCCAAUAAUCAUUGGCACAACGUCUGGCAGGCUCUGAGUUAAACUGCGUGCAGCGGGGAGUGCUGUCAGCAUUUUCUCACAUGGGUUCUUUGUGUAUUUCAAGUGGGUUUGUUGUUUGGCUCAAUGAGGGGCUCCAUGAUCGGUAGGCUGGCGUCGAACCAGCUGUGACUAGGCCUGUCCAUUCCGCCGAGAGCCGACAUGGCCGAAGAGUGGAUGGCCUCCCUCAAGAGGUCCCACCUGGAGGUGGCAUCCUGACCCUGGAAUUUGCGCUGACGCUGAGUCAGAAGUGCUUGCAGUGUUUAUGCCGGGAUGGCCUGGUUUCUUUGUGCGGUGGAGUUGCACACCAGGACGUGAUCAGUAUUGCAGUCGACGCUGUGGUAACUGCGAGUGGAGAGAACGUUGAGCAGACUGCGUGGUCUGGUGCUAAGUAGAUCAAGCUGAUGCCAUCUGUGGGACCGAGGAGGUUUCCAUAAAACAUAAUGUUGCGGCUUACCUUCAAAGAAGGUGUAGGUUAUAUUGCGCAAGGAGCAGAGUUCCAAAAGUCUUUGUCCAUUUUGUCCAUUUUUCCGGAGCCGUGAUGUCCUAGACAAGAGGGCCAGGCUUGGUGAUCAGAUCCAACUCUGGUAUUGAAAUCGCCAAUGAGCAGUAGCUCGGGCCAGUAGCUCCUCAGUUUUAGCGCUUGUGGCGCCGAAGGGCUUGCAGUUGAUUGGUCACAUCAUCAAAUAGUUACAUCUAACCUUUCUCACGAAACCAUUAAAAUUGAAACCAUUGUCACUGUUUAUUCGAUCACUCUGUUUUCUCCAUCAAAAAGACCAUUUUCAAGUUCUGAGAGAUUUUUCUUUGUACUUUUUACUAUCAUACAACCUUUUGUUCUUGUAAACAAGUGUGUAACGUAAUACUUGGCGUUUUAUAGGACUUUAAAAAGGUCGAACUAAUUUCCUUCUUUUAUUUCUUGCGAAAUAGUUUCUUUAUUGUGCUCUGCACAAUUUCCCGAAUCUCUCGAUAUCGCCAGCAGUAUACGUAAGGAUUUAACGAGGAAUUCAGAAACAGCAAGAAUAUUGAGGCCCAUUUUGGUACGAAAAAGGAGAUAUUCGAUCUGUUUAGCAAGUACAAUAUUGCGGAGGGUAGAUAUGGAAGAUAACAAGCUAAAUAAACUGCAUAGAAAAAUAACGCAUUGUAGGCAGACUUCUUUUGUCGGAUUACCUCCACUGUUUCGGCAAUUUGCAGUUGAUUUUGACUGUUGAUCUGAUUCUGAUGAGAUUUUGCAAUUUUGUAAACGCGAACGUAAGCCACUGUUGUCAAAAUAUGUCCUGCAAAUGAAAUAACACCAGAUACCGUUUCACUGCCUUUGGGCAGGAAAACGUAUAUGAAGGCAGUGAUGCAACUCGUCAACCAAAGAAACACCAAUAUAGUGAUCACACGUUUGGAAGUGACAAGCUCCUGAUAUCGCAGAUGGAGCGAAACAGCGAGAAGUCUAUCUACUGCGAUAGCAGUAACAGUUAGGAAAGAUGCAGCGCCGAGAAGAAACAAAAGAUAAUAAUACACUGUUAGAACCGUUGGGCAAAAUGAGGUAAAGGUGUUUUCUUCACUUGAUGCCAUUUUCAAUACGACGGCGCUGAUAACCCCGGACAUGAGUUACGGAAACAACCCCACGGCAAGAUCAGAGAAAGCCAGACUCAAAAACAGCUUCUUGACGGUGGCUGGUAUCGAUGAGGCAUUAAACAAGGCCCGGAUCACUAAAAGAUUUCCAAGAGUGGCCACAACUGAAAACGCCAGGUGUAAAACACAAAAGGCCAGCAUAGAAUCUCUCUUUUGGAGAACGAAUUGCUCAAAUUCAUGUAGCUUUGCAGUACAGAACUGCUCGGUCAUGGUUAAACCUGCCAGAUGAUUUAUUGCGUGUCGCUUUAGUUUAAAAGUCUCAAUCAGACUUAUCGGUUAUAGGCUAAUUUUGUUAAAAAAACUGGAGAUAACAGGCUUGAUUGGUCAGCAAAUCGUCAAACAUUUAGACUGCGAGCAGUCUCUUAUUUUUCUUUACAAAGUUACUGCACUUGAACGGUGAAGCUGCGAUAAACGAGGGCGAAAACCCGCGAGAUUUCCAAGAGUGGCCACAACUGAAAACGCCAGGUGUAAAACACAAAAGGGCCAGCAUAGAAUCUCUCUUUUGGAGAACGAAUUGCUCAAAUUCAUGUAGCUUUGCAGUACAGAACUGAUCGGUCAUAGUUAAACCUGCCUUGCGUGUCGCUUUAGUUUAAAAGUCCCAAUCAAACUCAUCGGUUAUAGGCUAAUUUUGUUAAACAGCUGGAGACGCCAGGUGUAAAACACAAAAGGCCAGCGUAUAAUCUCUCUUUUGGAGAACGAAUUGCUCAAAUUCAUGUAGCUUUGCAGUACAGAACUGCUCGGUCAUGAUUAAACCUGCCAGAUGAUUUAUUGUGUGUGGCUUUAGUUUAAAAGUCUCAAUCAGACUCAUCGGUUAUAGGCUAAUUUUGUUAAACAGCUGGAGACAAAAGGCUUGAUUGGUCAGUAAAUCGUCAAACAUUUUAAAAUGCUUUCAAUCAAUCAAUCAAUCAAUCAAUCAACUUUAUUGGUACAUCCAAUUAAAAUGGGUUUUCACAUACCAAUUACAAUAAAAUCUAAUAUGAACAAUAGAAAUCUAAAAUAAACAUUUGAAAGUGAUAAAACAUUACCAUAUUAUUUUAAAAAUAUAAAAUAUGCAUGAUUACACCUAUUGAAAGUCAAUGGCUUAAAAACUCGUCAAGUGCACGUCCUUUAAUCGCAUUCUUAAAAACAUUAAAUGACUCUGUUUGCUAAACUUUCUGGAAGGUCAUUCCAGAGCUGAACAGCCCUAUAUGAGAAAGAUCGCUGACCUGUUGCUGAUAAGAUGGUAUAAGAAGUUCAUCUUUAUUCCUAGUAUUUCUAGUAUGCACCUGGCUUCUUGUCGAAAACCUAUUACACAAGGAUGGUGGGGCUAAUCUAUUUAUACAUUUGAAAGCCAUUAAAAUGUCUCUAACCUCCAGUUGCUUAGCAACCGGCGACCAGUGGAGUUCCUUCAACAUCGGCGUGAUGUGCUCAUACUUUCUUGCGCCAGUCACAAUCCGUGCCGCAAAAUUCUGAACUUUUUGAAGCCUGGCAAUGUUCUUUUUUGUUGUACUAGACCACAUGGACGAACAAUAGAAAAACUUGCUGAACACUAAUGAAUUUAUUAUGGUUAUGAGCGUAGACCUAUCAAACAAAUAUUUCACACGAUUGAUUUGGCACAGGCUACCUGUACACUUAGAUACAACCCCGGUCACAUGUUCGUCAAAACUACGGCGCGAGUCCACAAUGACCCCCAAAUCUUUUGCAGAACGAGACGGCAGAAUCUCUUUACCGAGUAGCGUAACUCCAAAACCCUCCGGCACACGAGCUAACAUCUGCGGGGUUCCAAGAAGCAAUAACUUAGUCUUAUCUGGAUUAAUCAGCAAGCUGUGUGUGGAACACCAGGCGGCAAUCCGUUGCAAAUCUUCAGACAAAUGUUCCACAACCAUGGCUGUCUCCUGGACAGGAAACGAGAGAUAGAGCUGGGAAUCAUCCACGUAACUCUUUAGUAAGCACAGGAUAGGGGCAGCUGGAAGAUCGUUGAUGUAUAUAUUAAAAAGGGCUGGCCCCAAGAUCGACCCUUGAGGUACACCAUAAGCUACCUGGCGUGGAUCUGACACCUCACAACCAAUCCUCACCCGCUGAUUCCUGUCCGUCAGAUAGCUUCUAAACCAUCCCAUAGCCUGUAUAGACACACCCAGUUCUCGAAGUUUACGUAAUAGGAUCCCAAGCUCGAUACUGUCAAAGGCCUUUGACAAGUCCAACAGAACCAACGCUGCGACUUGUUUUCGAUCCAUUGCUUCGAGAAUCAUAUCGGACAUGAAAAUAUGGAGUGUUUCUGUCGAGUGCUUCUUCUUGUUUCCAUUUUGAUGUUCAGUUAAAGAGUUCUGACGUGUUGUGCUCUCCGUUAACUGAUUAAGAGCUGCUCGUUCGCAGAUCUUAGACAGAGCUGGCAACAGUGAUACUGGCCGGUUGUUAUUAGCAACCUCAUGAUCCCCUUCCUUUAAUAUCGGUAUUACCACGGACUCUUUCCAAGCAAAUGGAAAAACUGAUGUUAAAAGCGAUUUAUUUAUAAGCUCUUUCAAGACUGGAAGUAUAACUGGUAGGGCAUCCUUGAUCACACUCAUGUGUAACUUAUCCAUUCCUGGUGCCCUGUUUGAAGGAAAAGACAAGAUGAUCUGGUGUACUUCAAAGGUAGUAACUGCGCGGAAUCGGAAUUCCUCUAGUUGGAAUAAGGUCUUGGCUGGGCUUAUACGCUGGAAAAACGUUAACUGAAGCAAGACUCUUAGAUUCAGCUGCAGCCCUUGCCCCCACAGAAGUAAAGAACUCAUUGAACUCGUUCGCCAGUUCCGUCAUAUCCCUUGAGUACACCGGUCUCGAUUUCUCUUUUGACGGGAAAGGCGAAAUGGUUUUCCUUCUUAUUCAAAAUUGCUUUCAUCCACCGGCAAAUAUGUGCAGCCAUAGAAGACCUAUUUAGGCCUAUUUUGGGUUAAAUAGGCGUAAAUGCGUUGUUUAAUGAGUGUUCUUUCAAGGUUUUAAAACAAUUCGACGCUUGUCUUCAACAACUGACAGCGCCACUAACCCAUGAAGGCCCGUUCUGGUCAAAAUUGCAUGAUUAAUUUUUCCCUCUUGAUGAAUUAAUUUGAUGAGUACCUGCUAUUAAUAUUUUGUCUGUUUGUAAUUAUUUUUACCUAUGCCUGUAAUUAUUUUCGUGUUCUUUUUAACAUUUCCAUGCGUCACAAUUAUUUUUUCCUCACCAGGAAUUAAUUUUUUUAUGUGCCGUCUUUAUUAUUAUGCUUCUUUAAAAUUAUUUUUGUCCAUUACGCAAAUUAUUUUACGGUUGCGGAUUAGUUUUUUGUGUGCUGUAAUUAUGUUUUUUGGAUAAUUAAUUGAUUUUGUUGUACGCUUCUCAUAAUAUAAUGAUAAUUUAAUUUUUUCCAUUCGAGAAUUAUUUUUUUGUUAGUCAUAAUUAUUUUUUCGUAGUUUUGGCAAAUGUCCCAUAAGCCUCUGCGGUAAUGCACCUAAAACAUGGCGGCUCGUACUCGUCGGUCACGUGGAGUGGUGUUACGAGAGAGGAAUGAACGUGGGUUCGCGCUUUUCUUACAGAAUCUAAAAAGCGUUCUUAAUCUGUUGGCUCUAGUGCUGAUGAGUUAGAGAAAGACGUUCUGAUUCAAACGAGGAGUCGAUUAGUGGUUGCACAAAUGCUACUGGUAUUCCGUCAAAUGCGAUUCAAGUUCCUGUGUAGCACCUGAAGAAUUCUUUAACCCACAUAAUUGAUUUGCUUUCAAGUCGGAUAGAAUGCCGCAACAAUGUAGACUUCUAUGACUCACUAGAUAUAUCUUAUUUUGCACCGCUGGAUCUUUCACAGACAGGACGAGGUCGUUAACGCUAUGAAAUAACUAAAGACCAACUUGAACAAUUACGAUCGCUUUAUUUUUCUUGGGAAGCAAUUGCUCGCAUUCUUCACGUUAGUCUUUCAACCCUUCAGCGGCGACGAUGCAACGCACUCGCCCAGCUUGGCGCGCAAAAACAAAACUGACAAUGACUCUAGACUGCUCAAGAAUAGCGAAGGAAAUCGUGAUGAUGAGUGGUAUUUUUGUAGAGAGCAGGAGGCAGACAUUGCUUAUUUCUUUCAAGAGACAAGAAUAAUAAAGAUCAGAAAAAUAAUUGAAGAAAACUGGUCGACUAUUGUCCGAAACAGGGCGAUCACAAUCAACGAACCUUGAAAGACAGAAACAAACAAAGUGGAUCGAAAUGCACCAAUUACAAGUAAACAUUUGUUUCCUAAGAGGUCCGCUAAGAUGAUUGACGAAACAGAAAAACCCAACAUUCUUUCGAAGUCUGCAAAACACGCAGCCCGAUACAACGAAUUUGGCUAUAAGAUCUCCAUAAACGUGCACUUCAUCCGAAUGAACAGCACUGUUUCGCGGUGCAUAAUUUUUCAAGCCUUAGCGUAUUUGUUUGUUAUUACAGGCAGUGUUCAGAGUGUGACCCCAGCGAUGAUGAUGACGAAAUGGAAGUCGAUACUGAGGACACCACACCCAUUUCUCAAGGCCGCCAAAGACGGGUCAUCAAAGAACCUACUAAAUUCACUCCUGACAAGGGAGAGGUAAGUCAGCUUGCAUCAGGAAUACAUGUUGCAAACUACUUUUAUCUGUCUACUGACUCAAGCCUGGCACAAUCGGAGGCAACCGAUGGAGACAUCUGACUUUGGAGCUUGUAGGUGGAGCCACGUGACCAUUUGAGUGGAAGCUACUCGACAGUUCUUUCCUGUGGAAUUGGUUAUUAAGUUGUGCAAGGCGAUAAAUUCUACUAUCUCUGUCUGAUCUCGGGCGCAGUCCCCUCUCUUCAGUUCCAACCUAAAUUCCCUUCUUUUGAGUAACUCGGGUGACUUGGGAUAGUCGCGAAAAUGGUAGAAAGGAUGUGUGGUCUAUUUUUCAGGGCCGUCUUCACGGACGUCUCCGUUAUCGGUUCGUAAGGUCCCUAAUAUAUCAUGUAAGGAGGACACGUACUGAUGUUCUCUCUUCCACGACAUUCCGUUACUACUCUUGGCGAGUUUCAGAGGAGUAUACCUUCGGAACUUUUAAUCCGUUUUGCGUUUCCUUUCAGUCAAAAAAGCGCAAGCUGAAAAAGUCAUCUAAGCGAAAAACGCCCGCAACAGAAGGUGGAGAAGGAGAGGGUGAAACCACUACAUCGGACAGUAAAGUAAGUGAGGGCUCUCUGGUUCAUGUAGCCCUGUGCCUCUUCAGGACCUCUAUUGUCACUACUCCCCAUAUCCUACAGCUUUUAUUGCUCUAAUGAGUUGUGGCAUUGCCGACCCCAGGAUGUUUUUUUGUCGUGAAAUCACUCAUUGUUCCGGCAGGAAAAAAGCGUUAUUGUCCAAGCGUGUAGUCAAGAUGGCUAGAUAUUGGCCAAUAAAAACGCAGUAAAAACGCAAAAAAGAACGAGGCCAGUACCAUGAAUACCCAGCCACCUUCAUCGAACAAGGUCAAUAUUCCAAGGACUUAUUAUAUGCCAAAAAGAGAACUUAUUAGGGACUUUAAGAUCCAACAACGCGACGGCAACGAGAACGUCGCUUAAAAUGUGAAUUUGCGUUCUUUCAGUAUUUAUCGUAAUUAUUCCUUCACACUUACUUUUGUCAAAUGUAGGCGAACCCUCCUGGAUUUGAAUUCCUAGGGACCAUAUCUAAGUUCAGAAAGAGAAAUAAAAUUUCGUGGUUGCUUGUUUAUGUACUUUAUAAAACGUGAAAAUAGGAAUUUUCACGUCGUAGUCGUGUAAAAACGGGCAAAGAAAUAUACAAAAAGCGUGAUGCACGUGCAAAGUUGUUGUUUUGCUCAUAAAACCUACUGUUUUUUUUGACAUUCUCGUUGCCGUCCGGGUCGUUGGAUCUUAAAGUCCCUAUUAUUGCGGGACCAACACCGAGCGUGCAGGAUGGGCUUCAUCUUUCCCGCUCGCAUUGUUACUAUCAGUCAGGAAAUGGUUAGGGAAAAUUAUUCUUCAAGGUCAGGCAAGAGUCAGAGAAUUUCUCUUUGAGUAAGGGAAAAUUUAAGUCUUUGAAAGAAGUCAAGAAAAAUUGAAAUUUUAAGAGUACACAUUUAUUUUAUCAAUUCAUGGACACACCACGUGACUUGCUGAAAGCAUAAAUCAAUCGUGGGGAGGAUUGCUGUGAGGGGUGGGGGGAGGGGGGGGGGGGUUGAGUCCGUCAAAGACUAAUUUCUGAAUUCAUUUGGUCUGAGAAACUUGCAUUUGUCAGGGAAAAGUCUGGGAAUUUCAGAAACCUCUGGCUGUGGCAUCAAUGGCUCGGAUAGCCAAUGAGAAGACAGGAUUCGCUUCAUCUUUCACGCGCGCGGACUCAGCCAUUUCUACCCCUAUACACUUCUGUUCCUUUAGAAGUACAAUGUUUGAUGCAACUACGUGUUCAUCUUAAACAGGUUCCUCAGAAAAAUUAUGCAUGUGUUUGUGGCCGUUUACUAAUCAAGAUCUGUGGUUGAUUUUCGCAGAAGCCAAAAUUGGAAGAAAGCUCUGCGCCUGCAGCGAAAAGAGGAAGGCGCCCUGGGCGAAGAAGCAUAGAACCACCUGAAAAGAAGAAGAAGCCUGAAGACUCUCGCACUGAGUGUUGUGUUUGCAAACAGAGCGGCACCAAUUCUAAUCUUGUGAGGUAUGCUGGGAAGUUCACCAUUGUCACCGAGACUAUAAUGCCCCUUGUUUACCCCCCACCCCCCACCCCCCGGAAUUUGGCAUAACCAUUGUCUCCGAUUUAUCUUGGGACGACUGCAAGACCCAAGAGAAAUUAUGGUGCAUUAUGGUCUUGGUGAAGGUGGUGAAGAUUUCAACGUUUCUUACGUCAACGCAGAGCGCAAAAGAGUUAUACAGACCUUUCCCCCACCCUGAAAUUUUCUCUUCUUUGUUUUUUUGCUUUUAUAUUUCGUUGAUGUUGUGAUAUUUUUAAGCUUAUGUCAACUUUAAUGGUGACAUUUUCUACACCCCCCCUCCCAAUUUCCUCUGCUUUUAAAAUCAAAUAUGGCGGCUUCUGCAGAUUUAAAUAGCCUGAUCAGUGCCAGGCCUGAUGACAUUGUUUAUUUAUUUAUUUACUCACUUAUUUAUUCUUUACUACUUUUUACAGAUGCGACCAGUGCAAGCUUUGUUAUCAUUUCCAUUGCCUUGAUCCUCCGAUAAAAGUAAGUUCAGUUUUAAAGGGGCCGUGUCACGAGGAUAUCGCUUUUUUAGGUCAAUUCUGUGCUGAAGUCAUUACUUUGUGCCUUUAACUACACACAAAGUGCUUUUAUAGAGAUAUGAAUAAGAUAUCAAUCAAAUUUUCUCAGCGAGUACAAACCAUCUGCCCACCAAUCCCUUCUCUAAGCCAACAUUAACACUUACUUCUCACUUAGGGCAAAAUGUUGGCUUAGGGAAGGGGUAGGUGGGCAGAUUCCUAGAAAUGUAUAAUGAUCCAGCAUUUUUUGUUGGUUUCUGCAGGUAUAGCAAAAAAAAGAUGGCCCACUUUUUAAAAACUUUUAAUCCAUGUCAAUCCUUUCCAUCCGUAGCAAUAGUGAAUAGCUAGGAAACGGCCUAAAUAUAAGCUUGAAUAACAAAACUAAACCAUAAUUUUUGAAAUUAUUUUGAUGCAAGGACCGUUUUUUGCUUUUUUACGAGAUAUCAAAUAGCGUACUAGUUUUACAAAGCCUGAAUACCACGAGCCCUGUGAUUGGUCGUUGUCUAUGAAAUAUUAGAGUGCAGACAUACAGAUGACGUCACGGGGAAAAUGUUUUUCUUUAUUUUGUCCAACAAGUUGCUCGGUUUUGAAAGUUGUUGCGAGAUUAUUUCGAAUUUAGCAAGUAAAGUCCUCGAAAAAAGUUUAUCACGAGCUUUUUACAAGAAAAAGGAAAAACCCGAGACGAAAAGUAUUCUUGGCGACUUGAAAUGGCCGCAACUGGAAGAAAUCUUCUAGGCUGCAUGUUGCCGUGCGUCUGUUCAUUAAUAGCUCCCGGAGUAACACGUUACCAUAAAGCUGCAACCUUUACUUUGUCGUGACUGUCAUACUACGUUCCUCGUACAAAAUUGUUAGUACAAAGUUGAAGUGUACUUCUAACUUUUGAACCUGUGAAUUAAAUCCUUUAGUUUGACCAUUUAAAUGAAACCCAGUCAGCUGUCCUAUCACAUGAUAGUGUUGUGCAAAACAAAAUUUGGAGUUAUCGUUAUUUUUUCUCUACUGUCUUGUAGGAAGGAAAGAGCUUCUUUUCAUUAAGACUUAUCUGUUUUCAAAAUGUAAUGCCGUUCGUUCUGAAUAUCACAAAGUCGUCCAGAAUAGCCCAAAGGGACCUUGGCCUAAAACUCCAGCUUAGUACAUAAACUUAAAGGUAAACAAAGUUCUUUUUUAUUUUUAUUUUGUAGGCCAACCCCAAGACGCGAGGGUACCUGUGGUUCUGCACAGAAUGUGACGAAUCGGUAAGUGAUUGAGAACUUUGGAUAACACGAGGAGGAAUAUGUCGUACGAUAACUGUGAGGGGAGGUACUCCCUAAUAUUUGCCUUAUAGGUAUGUGCCGCUCCAAAGGGUUGGGGUUUUACGCCGUUUUGGUCGGAAAACGGUUAUAGACUUUGCUUAUUUUGGUCUGAAUUCGGGUAUGGUUUUCGUGGGAAUCACGUGAACGUAUAUGUCGUUUCAAUUCCAAACGAAUAAGAAAAAAAAAGUAACAUUCGAAUUCGAGUUAGAUUUUAAGAAAUCUUUUUCUUGGCGCUCUAAUCAACGUAUAGUCAACUCUCGCCUUGCGGACACUUCGAUAUAACGGACACUACGAUAAUACCCACAGCAGCUAAAUCCCAGGCAAAAAUAAAUUUCAGUCGUUUGACUGAAAUAAACUCCCGCUAUUUCGGACUCUCACUUAUGAGAACACCAAGUGGAGGUCCUUACAGUGUCUGAGUUGGCUUUAAUGAUAACAUAAUUUCUGCCUACGCCAGGUCUGAAAACGGGUGUGGAAAAUGUCACUUUUGGGGUGUGAAAUUGGGUCAGGAUUUGGAGAACCGGGCGGCACACCCUCACCACGAAUUCCCAGGAAUACCCCUCCGGAGGUACGAUAUCAAACUGCUGCUUCUAAGCCCUUGGCUUACACCCCUCCUCCGCAAGUGGUUCUAGGAGGGGGCCGGGGGGGGGGCUAAAAAUUUACUGAGAAGUUCUUUGUUGUGGUGCUGUUUAUUGGUUGAAGCCCUUUAGCGUUACUAUUUAACUACCACCACUACUAUACAGAAAGUCUUAACACUUUGGCAUGUCGAUUUUAUUUGUUAGGAAGAGGAUAGCGACGAAGAUGUAGAUGUAGAAGAGAUGAGUACAACUGACGCUAAAACAGAAAAAUAUGACAAAGAAACAAAGCAGAAAAACAGUGAAAAGAAUGAAAAGAAAGGGGAUGAAGGGAAAGACGAAGGAGACAAAAGUGUAAAGAAAGACAAGAAAAAGAAAGAGGAAGGAGUUGAAGAUCAGAACAAAGCGUUAGAAAAAGACAUGCAAGCAAAUGUAAAUAAAGCCAUUAAAGAGAAAGAAAAAGGAAAGGGAGAAUUUGAGAAAGCUGACCAAUCCAAGAAGGUAGACGGAGGUAAAAAGAAAGUAGACUCGAGAGAAACAGAAGAUGUAGAAAGAUCAAGUAAAGAGCCAAAAAAACAAGAUGAAACGAAAGUAGAGGAGGAAAAAUUGAAACUAGGCAAAGAUGUAAAAAAGUCAGAUAAAGACAAGGGGAAAGGCGACGGAAGUGCAAAGAAAGCAGACGUAGAACGAGAAGAGGUAACAAGGGCAGAGAAACAACAACAAGGAGAUGUGAAGAGAGGAGAUAAAGAGGAAGAGAGACAAGGAAAAGGAAACAGAGCAGAUAAGAAGGAAGAGAAAGCAUGUGAUACGGCAAAGGAAGAAAAAGAGAAACAACAGGAGGCAAAGCAGGCAGGAAAUGAGAAGGGGAAA